AUGCAUUUGAAUUAGAAUGGAUCCCCGGCACAAUAAUCAAGAUCAAAUCACUCAGCCUACCAAGAAUCAGCCAAUUGCAACCACAAUUAAUAAAAUUGUUGGAAGUGUUGGAAGAUCUGGGAGGUUUUAAAACCUGGUUUGAUUUCAGCAACCACAUCAGACAUAAUUUUUAUCAUCUGGUUGAAAAUUUGUGGCAAGAUCCUGAAAAAGAAGAUGAAAAAACAAUAAACUAUAUAUUUGAUAUGAUUCUUCAUUAUUGCGAUCUCUUUGAUACUAAAUCACGAGAAACUCUUGAAGGAGAUGCAGGAGUCAAUCACAUGGUGCUGUUGACAAAACUUAUACACAAUCAUUUAAAAAUUACUUUUGGAGAAUAUAAUAGCACUGCUGUUAAAUUUCAACGUGACCUUGGAUGCCCACUCCAAAUGGGUGGAAGAAACUCAAAAAUGGACCUUGUAGAUUUACUUAAACUUGCUACAUAUGCACAGGAUGGAUCAUUUUUAAUAUGGCGGGAUGCACAUAAAGAUGUUCAAACUUCUUUCAAUCAAAUUUUGCAGUAUCUUGUUGAAAUAAGAACUUGGGAAACUAUGAUUUGCCUUGCAAGUGGAAUCAAAGAGUCCACAAAGCACCUUCAAGAAUUGCAUCAGAAAUUGAAAAAUAUUCAUGAAGAUUUAAUGGAAAUUUAUAGAAAUGCAAAUUAUUGUGAUGUUAUAAAAAUGGGUGUGAUAAACUUGGAUGACGAAAGGAAAAACAAAUCUAGUGGAUAUACCACUAUUUCAGAGUUAUACAAACGAAAUUUUAAUAAAUAUACAGAUGAUAUAAUUGAAAACCAAAGAAUCAGAAAUAUCAUAAAUGAAAUAUCUCAGAUAACUAACAUUGAUAAAAUGAUUGGAUUUGUAGAUAAAUACAAAAUGCUUGAACAAAGAAAUCAUGGAAAUGAGGAGAGAGUUAGAUUGGCAUUGGUGCCUGAUAUCAAAUUGGCUUAUUUAAGAGGAAACAUGGAAAUAAUU